CAGUUGAGUAGAAAUAUGGAAUCCUUACAAGAAACGAGCAAAAAUCAAAUUAAAGUAGAUCUUGUAGAUGAGAAUUUUACAGAAUUAAGAGGAGAAAUAGCAGGACCUCCAGACACACCAUAUGAAGGAGGAAGAUAUCAACUAGAGAUCAAAAUACCAGAAACAUAUCCAUUUAACCCCCCUAAGGUCCGGUUUAUCACUAAAAUAUGGCAUCCUAAUAUUAGUUCCGUCACAGGGGCUAUUUGUUUGGAUAUCCUGAAAGAUCAAUGGGCAGCGGCAAUGACUCUCCGCACAGUAUUAUUGUCAUUGCAAGCAUUAUUGGCAGCUGCAGAACCAGAUGAUCCACAGGAUGCAGUAGUAGCAAAUCAGUACAAACAAAAUCCUGAAAUGUUCAAACAGACAGCUCGACUUUGGGCACACGUGUAUGCUGGAGCACCAGUUUCUAGUCCAGAAUACACCAAAAAAAUAGAAAACCUAUGUGCUAUGGGCUUUGAUAGGAAUGCAGUAAUAGUGGCCUUGUCUUCAAAAUCAUGGGAUGUAGAGACUGCAACAGAAUUGCUUCUGAGUAACUGAGGCCUAGAAAGAGCUGCUGAUAGUCAAGCUUGCCUCUUCUUCAGGAGCAUCAACAUCUGUUAUUUUUAGAAUUCUGCAUAGAUUUCUUUUAAACUGGCAUUCUUGCCUAAUGAUGUUAUCUAGGCAACCAUUGGAGACUGAAAAAAAUGUUCUUGCUCUGUAAAUAAAGCUAAUUAAACGUCUGUGUAAAUUUAAAAAGGGGAAAUACUUUUAAUUUUUUUCUUAAUAGUGUAAAAAUUCUUUGAGCUAAGCUAAAACCAUGGAAAAACAUGCUACUUUAGUGUUUAGCGGUGUAACAAGACUAGCAAGAGUUUGCUUCAGGGUUUUGUUGAAUAAUAAGAUAAUAUUUUGAGUGUGUCAGGGCCAUUCAAGUUGUUGGUGUUGCAUCACAGCUACCUUAACUGUUUUUAACAUGGAUCCUCUGUGCCUGUGAAUUUACUUGCAUGCUUGUACUUGACUUCUUAGGAUGGGUAGCUGAAAAGACCACCAUUUUAGGCAUUAGAAAAUUCGUAUAUAAGAGAUUUAUCCAGAAAUGAAGAUGGUGACCUAUUCAGAGCCUUUUUGUCCCAGUUGAGAGGUUGGGGCACUGUGUCUUCUUUUCCUGUACCGCACACAGUUAAUAAUCUAAUGGUAGGUUUCUCUGUAUUUGGUGGGGAAAUGUGCCAAGCAAAGUAUCCCUGACUCCCUUUUUAGACCUAGAGUUUGGAAUGUUUUGUCAUAAUUCUUUAAACACUCAAAAGUUUUCCUAUGUAAGUAAUGUAAGAAUGGAGCUGCCAAUAUUAUUUCUUUUGCAGAAACAGUAAAUACUUCGAUACUGCAGUAUUCCUUAGUGUGAUGAAAGGACCCGACUUAGUUUUGCAAUGAAUUUGACGUGGAUUUUUAAAUUGAUAAAUUUUUCUUUGAGAACAUUGAAGAAUGUAGUCAGCUAUUUCCAGUAGUUUAUGGUGGGCUUUAUGAAAAUUGCUUUAUCAGAUACUUUAAAAGCCACUCUUGCUUGCACUUCCCCAUAUUGACACAUGAAAGCUGUGUUGGUGUUUUACUGUACAUACUUCAAAUGCACAUAGGAAUAGAGGUGUGUAACAAAUCUAGCUUUCUUUAUGAUGUUUCUGAUAAUGAGAAUUGAAAACUUUACCUUCUCUUGUACAUAGUCAGACUUUUAUUCAUAUUAAAGUUACAUUUCAUUCUAAGUUCAGAAGUUUGAAAAUUACUAGUUUUGCAAGUUCAUACACUUAAUUUGACCAUUUUAUGAAGGUUGAAGUAGAUUUAUGUGGGCAGUUCUAUACAUAUAAAUAUAAUUCUUACUAAAUUUUCAGGACCAAUGCAAAAUAAUAAAAAUGGAAUCAGACUAAAUUAAGGUUGUAUAGUGAAAGUCAUAAAAGGUUUUCUUUCUUCAAGUGUUAUUUGUCUUAAAUCAUAACUGGAAAAUAAUUUAUAAGCCUAUUAAGUCAGUAUAACUUCAACUUUUCAAUAAUCUUGAUACUAGAAGCAAUAAAAGAACCAAUAUUAAAUAUAUCAUAAUGUUAAAGAUAUGAAGGUUCUUCCAAAAAACUUGUAAGGCUUUCCUAUGUAAAAGUAAUCUCUUAAAAUUGAUAUAGUGCAUACUGUACACAAGUUGGUAUGUUUUCCCCCCACGUUUCUUAAGCAUAAUCACAACCCUUAAUUGUUGUAGUUUAGUUAUUUUCUAAAGAUGCCAAAGGAAACAAGAUUUUUCUUUAUUUAUUUUAAAUAGCUAAAAUCUUGUACUUUUUAUUUUGAGGUAUGGUGGGAUUUUGUGAUAAUAUGGACAGUUUUGCUCCAUUGUUGGUUAGAAUUAAUUUUUUUAUAGUGGAGGGUGGCUUGGUAAUAUUAGUAUUUGGAUUUUUGAAGAUGUCAAACACAUCCUGUUUACUAUUUGCCUAUAUUAUCAGGGUAUAUUUAUUUGUCUGUGGUUAGACAAAAGAGAAAAAGAACUCAGUGGUUACUAGUGUCAAGCAUUACAUGCUACACUCUUAGAGGCAGCUCUGUCCUGCUUUGAUUUUUAUUCACACUGCCCCAUAUCUUGUCCAGGUAUUUACUCAUCUGAUUGUACUUCAGCUCCAGUGCCCAGGAAAUUGGAAAGUACAAUAUUUAGUUUGAUAGGUUCUGCAUAAUGAAUUUUUCAUUAUAAAAAUUUAUUUCCCUUUAACAUGAUGAUACUCUUUCUUCCUGGUACAUUUUCCACUGUCCUGGGGUUUUUGGGUUUUUUUUCUCCCCUCUCUCAAUACAGAUUUAGCUCCACAAACAUAGAAACUAAGGCAAUUACCUUUUCUUCUUGUGUUAAAUGUGUUUGGGAAAAGGACACUAAAAGUUCAGGCCUAGGGAAAAAGUACCCUGGUGAAAGUUAUUUUUAAAAUUCUUGGUGUUUUAGAAUUUAUUGGUUUAAGAGCUCUCAAAAAUUAUGUUUUAAAAAAAGGCAUUAAAUUCCAGUUAGAUCAGGCAGAUUUGCUAAAAGUCACUGAUACACUAAUAGGCUUUUAUUAUAAUCAGGUCUGUUUCCUGAGUAUGUGCCUAACUUCAAAGAAGAAACAGUUACAGUCUGUCAGUACCAUUCAGUGAGUGAGUGAGUGAAUAUAGGAGUUUGAGACUCAAACAUGCACAUUCGAGGAACUUGCUACUAAAUUUGAUGCUCUGAGUUGGCUCUGAUAUGUUUAGAAUUGUGACUGUGGUUUAUGUAAACACAGAAAACACCUCCAAGAGUAUAUAAAUGUUUGGAAUCUGAGUAUUUUGUUUCUGAGAAAAAUAAGCUAUGAAGUGAAAGGAAGAUUGAGUUCUUUUGGUCUCUUUUUCAAAGUUUUUCUCAUUUAUGAUUUUUGAUGGCACUUAAAACUAUGCAAAAAUAAUUCUUUUUUAAAGUAUCUGUAAGAAAGAAUUGGCAAUUAGAGUUUGCUUGUGUAUGUACUACUGAAUGCAGCAUAUUACUCUAGGCUGCUUCAUAAGUUUGCCAAUGUGAAAAGUAGAUCUGGACUAUAAGUGUAUGUCUGAUUUGAGCUUUUAAAACACUGCUGCAGUAGAGGAUGGUAAUGUUUUCCUAAUUCUAUGUAGAAACCAGAAAUAAAGAACUUUUGUUGUGGUUUAAAGAUUUAAGAUUAAUCUGGCAGACUAUUGCUAGAGCCAAGUAUACUAUUCUUAUACAUAGGAAAAACAAUGUUUAGAAAUGAAAAAGGAAGUUGUUUGUUUACAGUUAACUUUAUUUCAUGAACUUUUACAAACUGAUGUUGUAUUAAUCAAUUUCUCUAGUUUCAAAGUUUUUCAGUUCUAGGGUACAAACCAUUGAUUCAAAAAAGUCGCAUUUCUAUUCUUCACUUGAUCUUAGCCAAAAGGCAGAGAAGCAAUGCAUUUCUCUUCUUUAGUACCAGUUGAAACUUCUAGCUAGUUGCUACAUUGUGAAGACAGCAACUUGAAGUAUACUGAUGGAUAGCCUUUCCCAAACAAAGUGUGACUUUACUUUAGGAUCUACAAAUGAUGUCACACAUUGCAUUUGCAACAUAGAUUAAAAAUCUUGUGGCAUAGGGGUAGGGGAGUGUUGCUAUCUCCUUUGUCCUUUGUUACUGUGUUAUUGGACUGACCUAGUCUCAUAAACCUGCAUCAUCACCUAAAAAUGUAAGUUGUUGAAUGUGCCACCAUUUGCUUGGUUAUUUCAACCAUGCUGCUAUUAUAAUCAGGUGUGGCAUAGCUUAUUGGUUUGGUUUUGAGCGUGAGUGGAUAAAAGUCAUUGCACUGUGCUGCUGUGAACGAUCCUUAUCUGCUUGCUGUAACCUACUUUUUACAGGCAUCAUAAUAAAAGCUAGACUAU